GCGGUGGCGAGUUUUCUAUCAUAAGUUAGGUUAUAUAUCGUAUGCAUCAAAUCAUACAAUUAUUUAUAAGCUAGUUUUUUAAGGAAAAAACACUUAAAUUUAGUGAAUUUGCAGUGCGAAAUCUUUAAAAAACCACAGACGAACACUUGGCACAAACGAAAGUUACGUGUAAACGUCGUGGCUUUUGUUUAAUUAUUUUGAAAAAUAAUACAAAAAAACAAAAAAAAAAACUUUGGCAACUAAAACCAACCCCUACAACAACACAAGCAUCAAACAACAGCAACUAGUGUUAAAUUGAAAAGUGUAUACAAGCGAUAAAGAAACCAACAAAACAAGACACCAACCGACAACAGAAGAAGAAAUUCAAGUCCACAAGUGUAACAUAAACAGCAGCAAAAUUACGUCAAUUAUUGAAAAUAUACCCGGCGCAAUAGCUCACAACAACCAUCAAAACAACAUCAUGGAAGAAGACGAGAGGGGCAAACUUUUUGUUGGCGGCCUGUCCUGGGAGACAACGCAAGAGAAUCUUUCUCGUUAUUUCUGCCGCUUCGGCGACAUCAUCGAUUGUGUUGUAAUGAAGAACAACGAGAGCGGUAGAUCGCGUGGCUUCGGCUUUGUCACCUUCGCCGAUCCCACGAACGUCAAUCAUGUGCUGCAGAAUGGUCCGCAUACGCUCGACGGUCGUACCAUCGAUCCCAAGCCGUGCAAUCCACGCACGCUGCAGAAGCCCAAGAAGGGCGGCGGCUACAAGGUCUUCCUUGGCGGUCUGCCAUCGAACGUUACGGAGACUGAUCUGCGCACGUUCUUUGGCCGUUAUGGCAAGGUUACCGAAGUGGUCAUCAUGUACGACCAGGAGAAGAAAAAGUCUCGUGGAUUCGGAUUCUUGUCCUUCGAGGAGGAGUCCUCUGUGGAGCAUGUGACCAACGAGCGUUACAUCAAUUUGAAUGGCAAGCAGGUUGAAAUUAAGAAGGCCGAGCCUCGUGACGGUUCCGGUGGACAGAACUCUAACAACAGCACUGUGGGAGGUGGUUACGGCAAGCUGGGCAACGAGUGCAGCCACUGGGGACCUCAUCAUGCGCCCAUCAACAUGAUGCAGGGUCAGAAUGGUCAGAUGGGUGGUCCGCCACUCAAUAUGCCCAUUGGGGCACCCAACAUGAUGCCUGGAUACCAGGGCUGGGGCACAUCGCCUCAACAGCAGGGCUAUGGCUAUGGCAAUAGCGGACCUGGCUCCUACCAGGGCUGGGGUGCACCUCCAGGCCCCCAGGGACCACCUCCACAGUGGUCGAACUACGCUGGACCGCAGCAGACGCAGGGCUAUGGCGGCUACGAUAUGUACAACUCGACAUCGACGGGAGCACCGUCGGGUCCGUCAGGUGGCGGUACCUGGAACUCAUGGAAUAUGCCACCCAAUUCGGCUGGACCAACUGGGGCACCUGGUGCCGGCGCUGGCACCGCCACCGAUAUGUACUCUCGUGCCCAGACCUGGGCAGCUGGCGGACCAUCGACCACCGGCCCCGUGGGCAACAUGCAGCGUACUGGACCCGGAAAUUCGGCCUCGAAAUCGGGCUCCGAAUACGAUUAUGGCGGCUACGGAUCCGGCUAUGAUUACGAUUACAGCAACUAUGUUAAACAGGAGGGUGCCUCCAAUUAUGGCGCAGGUCCCAGGUCAGCGUAUGGCAACGAUAGCUCCACACAGCCACCGUAUGCCGCUUCGCAGGCCGUUUAAGCAGCUGCCUGUGUCCCCGUCUCCCGUCUCCGUGUCCGUGGUCCCAAGAGAAAGAGAGAACGAGAGAAGGAGAGAGAGAGGUGAAUGAUGAAGAAGGCAAAAAGAUGGUGGUAAUUGUAAGCUAAAGCGUCGUCUGUUCUCGUUUAAACCUUUUUUAAAGCAUAUACAUAUUUUUCAUUUUGAGA